AUGCUCAGAGAAAACACGAAAGCCGCUCUGAUUAUAGAAGCAGAUGCCAGUUGGGAUACGAAUCUCCGCGAAAUCAUGAUAAAUUUCAACCAAAAUUUCACAGAGUUUCUACGGAAAACCAACGCACAGAGACUGCCCAAGCCAAAACUGAGGACACAGCUACACCAGUCGAGUGACACGCCCUUGGAGACGGAUAAAGAUGACCCGUGGCACGCCGAUUAUUGGGACAUUCUUUCCAUUGGGCAAUGCUCAGAGGAAACGCUCAACAACAACAUCACAUUAAUUUACAAUGAUCCACACGUCCCCCCGGGCAUGGACUAUUACGGACGAGAACUGGGGAGGGAGAGAGUCAUUCGGAAAGCCGGUCAUCAGGGAUGCACAACAGGCUACGCCGUCAGCCUGAAUGGCGCAGCAAAACUACUGCUUCGAUCGGCUGCAGAUCUAGACCAGGCCGUGGAUAUGGGCAUGUCGAGUCUCAUUCAAAGCGGUCAUCUAACCUCUUAUAGUGUGUACCCUCCGAUUCUAGCGCAAUGGGUAUACGUCGAUGGCAUAGGAAUGGAUCAGCGCGGAUCAAAUAGCGACAUGGGAGGCACGGAGGGAAGUUCAAUCGGUAAUGAGGCGAAUCCAGACACAAUGAAUUGGACAGAUGUAAGGAAGACGGGCAGCGUAUGGAAACCUAAAAAGUGGCCUUCUAAUGCAGCUUUUGAAGACAUGGCGUUACAGGGUGCGUGGCGGGAAAUAUUUGGCAAUGCAGACCCCGAUACGGGGCUGACGACUACAUAUUCAUGGUGA